GUGAUUAUUUCAUAACAAAACAUUCAAUUAAUAUAGUCUUUACUUUUAAUGUAUUUUACCACUUAUAUAGUGCGAAGCGUAAAAAAUUAGUGAAAUUACGUGAAACUAGAUGAAUUACGUAGAAAUUACCAAAUUCGAGCGUAAUGUAUACGUAUAAAUUAUUACAGUCUGUGAUAAUAAUAAAAAAAAUUGCAAAGAGAAAAUAGUCUUAAUCAUAAUGUGUUCAUAUUUUAUUUAGUUAACAUUUUUAUUUUUAAUUUCUUAAACAUAAAUUAAUUGUUAUUAAUAUUAUAAUUAAUGAACAAGUAUGUCUGGAUCUUCAGGUAGCAGGCGAUCUGGAGGAACAGCCAAAAUUCGAUUAACUGUGCUCUGUGCUCAGAAUUUGUUGAAAAAAGACUUAUUUCGUUUACCACCAGAUGCAUUUGCUAAGAUAAGUGUUGACGGAUCUGGACAGUGUUAUACAACUGAUACAUGUAAAACAACCUGUGAUCCUCAAUGGAAUCAACAUUAUGAUUUAUAUUUGAGUAAAGGUGACCAUGUAACAAUUACUUUAUGGAAUCAUAAAAAAAUACAUAAAAAUAUUCAAAAACCUGCUAGUGGAUUUCUUGGAUGUGUAAGAUUAUCGUGGAAUCAAAUUCAAAGAUACAAAGAUACUGGUUAUCAGAAGUUAGAUUUAAUUAAAUUAAAUCCAGAUGAUCCAGUACCAAUUAGGGGUCAGUUAGUUAUUUCUUUAUUGUCUCAAGAUGGUACUGCAGGAACUGUAUUAUCCCAACAACUGGCAUCACUACCUGAUGGAUGGGAAGAAAGAAAAACAGAAAAUGGGCGAUUAUAUUAUGUUAAUCAUAAGACAAAGACUACUCAAUGGGUUAAACCAACCAAGUCUCAUUCAAAAGUUACUUCUUGCAGUAAUAGUCCUCGCCCUCCUGCACCAACCCCUACAGAGGAUGCAGAAAACGAAUCUGAUGUCAUAAAUAACAAUGAUGGUAGUAGCAGCACAUUGUCUAGUCAAACGAAUCCUAGUAAUCGAGCAUCACUCAGUUCUACCAGAAAUACACCAUCUCACAGUUCCUCAAUUCAACAACCACAAAACUUGCCAACUGGUUAUGAAAUAAGAACAACACCACAAGGACAAAUUUAUUUUUAUCAUACACCUACUGGAUUAAGUACAUGGCAUGAUCCAAGAAUUCCAAGAAAUAUUAGUGUGACUCCAGGGCAGCAACUUGGUCCAUUGCCGGCUGGUUGGGAAGUACGUCAAACAUCUAGUGGUCGCUUUUAUUAUGUAGAUCAUAAUAAUCGAACAACAACUUUUUCGGAUCCAAGACUUUCUACUUCAGUUAUAGCUAAUUUAUUACAAAAACUAAAUGAUCAAAGUUCAUCAACAAAUGAACAUAACCCAAUGAACAAUAAAGAAAAUACUAGAAUAUCAAAUACUAGUGAAACUUCAUCAAGUCAACAAAGAGUUCAACCCCGUUCUGGUUUUGAUGGUCCCCAAAGUAUUGAGACUGAUUCUGAAUGUUUGCCCAAAUAUAAGCGUGAUUUGGUAGCAAAACAAAAGAUUUUACGUACUGAAUUAGCUGCAUUACAACCCCAAACAGGACAUAUGAGAUUAGAAGUUUCAAGAGCUGAAAUAUUUGAAGAGUCGUAUAGAGCUGUGAUGAAAAUGAGACCUAAAGAUCUUCGAAAGCGGUUAAUGGUAAAGUUCCGUGGUGAAGAAGGUUUAGAUUAUGGUGGAAUAGCAAGAGAAUGGUUGUAUUUAUUGUCUCAUGAGAUGCUUAAUCCUCAAUAUGGAUUGUUUCAAUAUUCUAGGGAAGACAAUUAUACAUUGCAAAUAAAUCCAGAUAGUUCUAUUAAUCCUGAACAUCUUUCUUACUUCCACUUUGUUGGUCGUAUUAUUGGAAUUGCUAUUUUUCAUGGACAUUAUAUUGAUGGGGGAUUCACAACACCUUUUUAUAAAAUGUUAUUAAACAAACCUAUUACUCUGGAAGAUAUAGAAGGAGUAGAUCCUGAGUUACAUCGUAGUCUCACAUAUAUAUUAGAGAAUAAACUUGAAAAAGAUAUUAUUGAUACAAAUUUUGCAGUUGAACAAAGUAGUUUUGGUCUAUUAAAAUUACACGAGCUCAAAACUGGUGGAAGAAAUAUUCAGGUGACAGAAGAGAAUAAAAAAGAAUAUGUCAAAUUAUACGUAACAUACAGAUUUAUGCGAGGUAUUGAACAACAAUUUUUGGCAUUACAAAAAGGUUUAACUGAAGUAGUACCUGGAACAUUACUAAAACCUUUUGAUGAACGCGAGAUUGAAUUAAUUAUAAGUGGUAUUGGCACCAUAGAUAUUGAAGAUUGGAAGAGGAAUACUCGACUUAAACAUUGUUCAUCUGAUAUGCCUGUUGUCAAAUGGUUUUGGGAAAUAAUUGAACAACAUUACAGCCAAGAAAUGCGUCUUAGACUGUUACAAUUUGUCACUGGGAGUUCUAGAGUACCCCUUCAAGGGUUCAAGGCACUUCAAGGGUCAACUGGUGCGGCUGGACCUCGUUUAUUCACAAUACACUUAACUGAUGUACCAACAAAUAAUCUUCCUAAAGCACAUACAUGCUUUAAUCGUCUUGAUUUGCCAAAGUAUGAGAGUAAACAGAAGUUACUUGAUAAACUCAGUCAAGCAGUUGAAGAAACUUGUGGUUUUACUGUUGAAUAAAUGAUGGCAAGUGUUUUAUUGAGUUAUAUUUACCCGCAUACUUUAUUAUUUGUUUAUAAAAUGUUAAUUGUAAAAUCGGUUUUUAUAAUUGUAGCUUAUUACAUGUUUAUUGAUUUUUUUUAUUUUAUGCUAAAUAUUUGGAUUAAUUAAACGAUUGUUAUACAAAUGUGAUAGUUUUAAGUUAAAAUAUGCGCCACAUAAAUGUGUUAUUAAGCAUUUCUUAUGUCUGUUUAAAAGUGGCCAAAUGUUUUCACUUAAAAUAUAUGUUAAGUGGCUUACAUAGAAACACUAUGCAUGUUCUAAAUUGUCAACUUUUAUUGAAAAGCAGCCACAACUUGAGCUGUGUUCAUUGAUCCAUUAUUGUGACAUGUAUUAUAGUUUUAAUAAUAAUGUGCAAUAUGACAGGGUAAAUACUGUUAGAACUUAGAAGCAAAAUAAAUUAAUUAAAUUAAAAAAAUAUAAAACAAAAUUUUGCUGAAAAUUAUUAAUUAGACAUA